AUGUCUAGACAUCGAGCAGUGAGGAAUUUGGAUCUGGACGAAGAGUUGGCGGAUGAUUAUUACGACGAUGAACAAGAGCCGUGGGCCGAUGCAUCGUCAUCCGAUCUGGAGUCGCUGCAAGUGGCGUUUGCGCAAGUCGCUGCUGUUGUAGCACCAGGCAGCUCCUCGCUCAUCGACGAGGCAGAUAUCAAAUCGUCACUGUGGGAGAACUACUUUGAUGUGCAGGCUACGGUGGAGUGGGCGUUGAGGGAGAGCAAGCGCAGGCAAGCUAGGGAAAACAAAAAGGUUGAUGAUCCGCUUCGGGACGAGAUGAACUUGGAGUCGAGCAGCAGCAGCAGCAGCAGCACCAUGCGACCAUCUGCGCAUCCCAGCGGCGCGAUCCGAGGUCGAGGCAUCGGCGGACUCGGCACGCGAGGCAGAUCGGGCAUGGCCAAGCGCGCAUUGAGGGAUCUGGCGCCCGUUGGCUUGCCUGGCGUAUCAUCGCAGUCCUGUGAUGCCAAGACUGAUCUGGCUCAGCAGCUCGAGGCGCAGCUCAGUGUGGCAGACGCUUCUCAGAGUCAAGGAGGCGCAGGUAGCAAGCUGGCUCAGCUGGCAGUCGCCAGAAGAAACAAGCGACCUGCUGCUGCCACUGUCGACGCAAGCGGCUCGAGCGAUGGACACUCCGCCGCCGGCGCUGCUGCCGCCAAUGCACACGCACAUGGCCCUGCAGCAGACACUGCCAGACCUAGCAAAUUGGCUGCUCUAGCUGCUGCUCGAGCCACCAAGCCCUCCGCUGCUGCCGCAACUGUACUCCCUCCUCGCGAAUCUGCGCCCGCAUCAGCAGCAGCAACUCCUGCGCCGAUGACGGCUAAACCGCUCUCCAAGCUCCAACAGCGAGCUCAAGCUAGUCGAGAAGCGAAAGCUGCAGCUCGGAGCGGUCAGGGCGAGAUCGAGGCGGUGGUGGUGGAGAGCGAAGAGGUUCAAGCGGCAAGGCGGCGAGAGUUGGAGCAGAGUCAGAAGCUGCCUUCGGGAGUGCGCAGCAGCCAGCUGUUUCCGAUGCAGGAGGAUCUGGAAGCGAGGCAGAGCAAAGAAGAUGCGAAUGGUCAGAGCCUCUCAUCCGCCUUCGCAUCUUUGAUGGUCGGAGGCAAGCAUGCCAAAUCCGCUCCGAGCGUCUCGCCAUUUGAACCGCUGCAGACGUCAUCGGAGAGAGCAUCGCAGCUGCGCAACACCGCAUUUGCCAAGCUCAGCCCCGAUGACGUGGUCCUGCAAGCCAGGCAAGGCUCUGCGCUGGAUCCUACCGCGCACGCUGGCAAUAGAUGA